UGUGCAUUUGUUGAAAUUGAUUGUUUAAAUGGUUUAAGACGCAUUAAACAAUUGCUGCGUGCGUGCUUUAUUUAUGUGACCAUCUUCUGCGCGCCUCACCAAGCCCAGCGAAACGGAAAAUAGCGAGCAACUAAAACUGAAACUGCUGCGCUCAAGUGCAGUAAGUGAAUGCGUCAAUGUUAAUCGCGCUCUUUGCGCUCGCACAUCUGCCAAUCUUUCGUAAGCCGCUGCAAUUGCAAUCAUCUAGGUGUGGCAAAGGUAAAAGCAAAAGCAACGCAACAGCAACAACCACAACUACAACAACAACAAAAACCACAACUGACAACGCUCCUCAUUUAACGGCAUUAACGAGCAACAGUAAUUUGCAGACAACAGCAAAUAAAAUUCUAUUUGGAAACGCCCGCAUCAAUAUGAGCACAAGCAAUGAACAGGAUCUUGCAGCAGCCGCAACAGCAGCAGUCGCCAAUGGCAAUCCAACGGAUGCGAAGAAAAUCGAAGUUAUCAACUUUCAACCAUAUGACAAGCAAUGCUGCUACAAUAUCAAAACGAAUCAUACGAAAGUCUAUGGCUGUGGCAUUGCCCAUGCCCGUGGCUCCUCCAAGGUGAAGCUUAAGAAUGUCGUCGAUUAUAAAUGGGAGCACAAAUACUAUUAUCCCGGUCAUUUGGUGGCUGUGCAUCGCGAUGGCAAGCAUUUGGCCUAUGCCAUUAAUGUUAACAACAAAGCCACUGGAAUGGAGGGCAUGGUUCGUGUGUGCAAUACCAGUACCAGUCAGCGUGCGCUCAUCAAGGGCAUGAACGGCGAAGUGUUGGAUCUACAAUUUGCCCACAGCGAAAACGAACGCACUCUGGCAGUUAUAGAUGUGUGCUCACUAUUUGUGUACAAAAUCGAUUUAAUCGAUGGCAAUUUGAUAUGCAAACUUGUACUGAAAGUGGAUGAUCCCAUUGCCAACUAUUCACCCGAAUAUGAUAUGGUCUCCUGGUGUCCAUACAUCACCAACGACAGCAGCACCAGCAAGAAAUCCAGCGGCAGUGGCAGUGGCAGUCGUCAUCACGACGACGAUGAAAAGCAGCUAUUGCUUUGGUCACGCAGCAAACAAUUCCAAUGCUUCUCAGUCCGAAUGAUUGUGACCGAACACGGCCGCACUCAGAUUAAGCCAUCAGCGCUGGAAACUGGUUAUCUGAAGAUUGAAAUGGAAUCGUUAAUAACCUGCGCAUCGUUAUCGCCGGAUGGCACCACCGUUGCGGCCGCCUGUGCCGAUGGUUUGGUUCGAUUUUAUCAAAUCUAUUUGUUUGAUGUGCGCAAUCAUCGCUGCUUGCACGAAUGGAAACCGCACGACGGCAAGCCGGUGUCCUCGCUGUUCUUCCUCGAUAAUAUUAACCAACCCGUUGAGGAUGCUUACUGGCAGUAUGUAAUCACUUCUAGCGAUCACAAUACGGAGAUCAAACUUUGGAAUUGCUCGCUGUGGGAGUGCCUGCAGACGAUCAACGUAAUGGCCUCAAUUCCGACCAGUGUGCAGCCGAACAUGUUCAUAGCUGGCAUUGAUCGCAGUGCCAAUUACUUGGUUAUAUCCAGUCUCGAGUCCCUAGCCGUAUAUGUUAUGCAAAUUGGCAGCAUAGGCGGCGGCAGCAGCAGCAACACUACCAAUGCCGAGGAAAGCGACAGCAACGAUUCGGAUAAUAGCAGCGAUGCUGGCAACGCGAUCAGCAGUACUGGCAACAAUGAAGCCGAACUCCGCAUACUGAACAUUGCCGAAUUCAAGUUGAGUUCGGGCAUUCUCUCGUUUUCCAUUGUGAAUGCGAGCAUGCGUCGCUUGAAGAGCACAAAUGAGAGCUACUAUCCGUUUGAAGAGCCCGAUGAUUAUGAUGAUGAGAGCAAUGCCACCACCGAUGCGCUGGUGGUGCACAUGUUUGUCGUGCAGGCCAAGAGUCUGCAGGAGUGCCAGAUUAUCUAUCAGCCCUGUGUGCCCGAAAAGCUGAAGUCCGAGCGCAGUUUGAAUAGCAGCAAGAAUACCAGCGUCGUCAGCAAUAAACGGUCCUUAACGCCCGACGGUCUACUCGGUGUCAAUGAGAUCAAGCAGGAGCCCAGUUCGCCUCUUAAUAGUAGCAGCGGUUCAAGCGCUGUGCCCUUGGAUGCCCUCUUUGCCAAGUCGAAGCGCAACUCGAGUAGCUCCGCGUCAGCUUCGGUGAUUUCUGUCGCUGUCGCUGCAGCAGCGGCUGCGCCUUCGGCCAUAUUGCAGGAUGCGACAGUCGUGAGCAAAUCUCGGUCUUCGUCCCCCCAAUACGGCAACGCCUAUCCACAGCUGAAUCUAAUGACACCGGAUGCAUUUAGUGCUAGUAGCGGGCCCAGUGCCACCAUGCUCUUGGCUACGACCAGCAUUAGCAGCAAUACAACUGGCACCGAUGCCAUCAACAGCACCACUGUUGCUUCGGCCAGUACGGUUGCCAGUAUGGAUUCAAGUGCGAUCAAUUCGCAAGUGUUGAACACCCUUCGCAUGUUGGCCACAGUCACCGCGAAUAGCACGGAACAAGUUAAUACGUCUUUAUUGAAUCUCGUGAACAACACUUUGAUUGAGGAUCGGGAACAGCAGAAGCUGAAGGAUAAACUGGAGGCGCGUAAAAAGUUUAUUGCCAUCGAUCGGAAUCCGGAACGCAAUGCAGCUGAGAAUUUGGCCAGUGGCGGUUCCAGUCCCAGUCGUGAGGUGCAAGAGAUUAUGGCCACCCAGGAGGAUGCCGAUGACUAUGAACCGGAACUGGAGAACCUAGAAUCGGACGAGGAAAAUCCAUACUUUAUGCUAUGCAAAACGGAAAAGAAAACGGAUGAGCAAUUGGCAAACCCUUCACCGCUAUUGCAGAGCGUCGAGGAAGCGACAGCCACAGGCAAUUGGUUGCCACAUGAAGAACAGUUGCACCCGACCAAAAAAUCCGCAGAGCUGCAAAAUGCUGCACAAAUCAUGUCGCAGGCAGUGCAGCAUAAGAACAAUGGCAAUGUCCCGCCCUCCCUUGGCAGCAGCAACAACACGACUACAACACUAAACAACAGCAGCAGCAGCAACAAUAACAACAACAGCAGUAACAACAGCCAUAAUGCAACAAAUGAAAAUUGCCCGAGCAAUGCAGAAAUGAAUGUAAAACUGGAACAGCUAUUGGAUCUGGUCAAGGCGCAAUCGCAACAGCUUAACAAACUGGAGCAUGAGGUUAGCAAAAUGCAUCAGCAACAGCAGCAGCAACAAUCCACCUGUAGCACUGCUGCUGCCUUGCAACCGAAAAGCGUCAACGAACUAGCCUACAAAAUUGAAAUGCAAUUGUCCAAACUGAUGGAGCAGUAUCUCAAGCGUUAUGAGAACGAGCACAAAAAGAAACUAGCCGAAUUUCUGCACGCACGUGAGACUCAAAAUCGUGAGCUGCGCGAUUCGAUGCUGCAGGUGCUCAAUCAGUAUGUUAUGAAUCAUUUCACGGACAUCAUUGGCAACGUGCUGACUAUGGAGCUGCAACGUCAGCUGCUGCCGCGUGUCAAUGCUAAAAUGGAUCAACUGCAGAAUCAAAUGCAACUGGAAAUUGUGCAAAAGUUGAAUGUGUUUGACAAGACGGUCAAGGAAAACAUAGCACAGGUGGUCAAGAGCAAGCAAUUCCUGGACGCUUUUGGCAAGUCCGUGCUGAUUGGCGUACAGACAAGCCUGCAGACGGCAUUCAUUGAAUCGAUGAGCAGCACUCUGAUACCGGCCUAUGAGAAGUCCUCGCAAAACAUGUUCAAGCAGUUACACGAGGCGUUUAGCGUUGGCAUUAAAGACUUCAUGGUGGAGUUUAAUGCGUAUCUGCAGCACAUGCCACAGCCGCACAAUGGCGAAGAGCUGAGCAACAAGCUGGGCCUAUUGAAGCAGCUGGUGGAGUCGAAUUUGCUAAAGCAUCGCACCGAACUUACUGACGCGAUGCUGGAAACACAGCGUGAGGUGAAAAGCCUGGAGAUAUUGCUCGCCCGCCAAGUGCAAGAGACCAUUCGAGCCGAACUGCGCAAGCACAUGGAUAACCAGAAUAUGGCGUUGCGUUCACAGGCGGCAACACCGGCGCCCACUUACGAUCUACGCGAGAGCAUUAGACAGUUGUUGCAGGCGGGUCAAAUCAACAAGGCCUUCCAUCAGGCAUUGCUGGCAAAUGAUUUGAAUCUGGUCGAGUUCACGCUGCGUCACACAGAUCGCAUGCAGGUAUUUGCGCCCGAGGGCUGCCGCCUGGAGCAAAAGGUGCUGCUCUCGCUCAUACAGCAAAUAUCGGCGGACAUGAGCAAUCACAAUGAGGAUAAACAAAGCUACCUCAAUGAGGCGCUGCUGGCCAUUAAUAUGUCGGAUCCCAUAACGCGUGAGCAUGCACCGAAAGUGCUCUCCGAGCUGUAUCGCAAUUGCCAGCUGUUCAUCAAGAAUUGCCCGAAGAGUCCGCAAUGCAGCAAUGUUCGCCUGCUGAUCGCCAUGUGCAGUGCAACGUAUCGUGAUCAGUUUAAAUGAUAUUGUGACGUGGCGGCAACCUCCAGCGUUUGGCAAGGACAACUCGAACCCAAUACUAUGCACAGAGACCCACACAUAUACCCACACACACACACUUAAAGCAACACACACACAACCACACACACAUUUUUUGUAGUUAAGCUUAUCCCGUUUGAACCGUCUCUAGCUCUAGCUUCAAUUUGACCUCAAUGCCUUUCCCAAUAUAUCUACAUUGUGUCCCCUCUCCCUUCGUAAGCUGAAAGUUUUCCACAGUUUCUUCGUAAAUAUUUGUUUUGUGCGUAUAUAUGUUUUUUUUUUUAAUAUUAUUCUUAGAUUUUACUCUUAUCUGUUCUUGUCACGAUAUUAUGUUUUCCAAAAAAAAAAAAAAAAAUGAAUAGCGAAAAAUAGAAGCGUGCGAGUCCAAUUAGCGUGAUCAACAAUUGCAAUAAGUUGUAUCUUUUUGAUAUAUAUAUAUACAUAUAUUUAAAGAAAUAUUGAGUAUUUUUCUUUUUGUUCCUUUUGAGCUCUUUAUCUAUACACUUUCCAUUUUUCAUGACGCUUAUCGAAGAGUAAAAUACAUGUUAAAGCAGAGCUAUAGAAUUACAUUUAAAAUGCUACAUAUUUUCAAAAUAACGAUAACGGGCUUUCCAACCGAGAGACGAACAAAUUUGAUGAUUGCUAAACAAAAAGAAUAACAGAACUACAAGUAAAUGCGUAAAUAUUAAGCUAAGCCUAAACAAAUAAAAAAAAAAAUUUUUUAAAUAAAAAAAUCUA